GAGACUACAAAAGCCAAUGUGGAUCGCUCCUAACUACAUCUUCCAAAAUGUUUGGACCUUCCUUUUGAUUUCUAUGGGUUCAGCAUCAUUCAUCGUGUGGAAGAGUUCAGAAAAGUCUUUUUUGCCUCUGUUGUUGUACUGCGUGCUUCUGGGGCUAACUUGGGCCUGGACACCGAUAUUCUUCAGCACGAAGUCACUUACCUCCAGCCUGACUGUUGCCGCAGUGAUGAUACCCACCGCUGACUUCUGUGUCUACUUAUUCUUGGAAGUGAAUCCGGUAGCUGGGUUCCUGGUGGCCCCCCUUCCUCUAUGGCUAAUUUAUAUAGCCUACUUACAUUAUACAUUGUGCUAUCUCAACCAGGAAUUUGUGGGACCCGGACUAUGUUACCCGACCACAAUGUAAAGAAAUUUCUUUUAUUAUUCAACUGACC